UUGUUUACGGCGGAUAGAAGAUAGAGAAGGUUCAGCGGUUUCACCACUUAAAAGGACGUUCCCUCACCCAAAUAUUGCAUGCGCAAUAAAAGACACACGUGGAAGAACUUGACAUUAUAUUACAAGCGGUCCACAGAAAACAAGUGUUAUUAUAAAUUAUGAUCACGCAGGUUUGUUUCCUCAUUUUGCUGUCGGCGAGUGCUUUUUACCACACCCAUGCCGCUGAUACAGAGGUCAGUGCUGAGGGGGUGUUUGUCAAAAUUCAGGGUCAGUCUGGGGGAAUGACCAUUGGAAAGGCAAAGAACCCUGAUCAAGACAACAACGCAGUGAAAAUCAAAUUUGACGCCAUACAGGAGAAAGAUUCCAGCGGGAACAUAGUUGGAGCCUCGGGAAAUGCUAAGCAUAGUUUCAACAAUUUUGCUCAACUAGACUUUGUGUUUUCUAGUUUGAGGGACACAGAGUAUGAAAAUUUAACAGCAAAAGCUAUAAACUUUACCGCUUCUAUUAGUUCAGUUAAUGCUAAGAUGAGAGUGGAAACAUUUCUUUUUACGGAGUCCGGAAACAUUACUGUUGAUGGAGAAUCCACGAUGGUCGAGAAGGGCAGUGUAAAAUUUAACAUAAAGCUGGAAGACUGGACAUUUUGCGAUAACUCGGGGAACUGCAAAAAGGGCCAAGCAACCGAAAUCGGAGAGUACGUAGACCUGACUAUAUCUAUCAAAGGAAAAAGCACCCCAAGCAGAAAGACGGGGAAUAACAAAAGGACAGAUGGCGAGGAGUACGCAUUGGGAGGGGACGCAUCUGUAGCUCUGUCUAAAAAGAUUUCGAAAGACGGCGGUAGUCCCGAGAAUAUGCCGGGAAAUUACCCUGCCUUCGAGACCCAGGGUAGCAAACAACUCUUUGUUUUCCGCUUCCCCAAGUUCACAAACAACGUGUUGUAUGAUCCGAUCAUCUACUCCGGCGUCGCCGAUACCAGCAGUGGAGCAGCUUACAUUAGUUUGGGAUUUCCUUUGCUUUUUAUGGCUUUGUUUGGUGUCUUUCUAUCAUGCAAAUCAGUUUUCUAGAUAUUUAUUUUUUUCUAUGCUCUGCAGUUAGUAAAUAUUGAAACGUUCAUGGCACUUAGAUAUUCUAUAAAAAACAAGGCUAUUAAAUCAAACAUUUAUAUAUUAUUACUGUCUCUUUAAUUCUCAGAGGUAUGUGUAAUAAAUAUAUAUGGAUGAAAAAGCACUGUUAUUAAUUUCCUUAAUCAGACAAAAAAUACUUAAUAUAGAAACGAGAAAUUAAUUCUUGUAUUGAACUAGUGUCUUCCCACAAAUUUUUAGCAAAUAUAUAGAAAGACUAUUUAAAAAAAAUAAAUAAAAAGAAAGACACUAGUUUUAAUAGGUAAUUGAACAUCUGUUUGUAGAUUUUUCUGUAGCUAUUUUUAUGUCAUAGUUUGUGUAUGCAGAAUUCUAAUACAUCGAAGAUAACAGUCAUCACAUCGUAAAUCAUGAUACAAAGGUAAAUACAUGUAAUGUUAUGUAUAAAUGCGUUGUUGAAUUUGCUUCAGUUUUAUUGGCGUAUGAUUGUAAUUAUUUAAAAUACUCUUCAAGAUCGUAAUAAAAUCAUUUUCUACA